AUGCAGACAGCCAUGGAGACCACCAAUGGCCACGAUAAAAAGGACAAGAAGGAGAAGAAAGAGAAGAAGGAGAAAAAGGAAAAGAAGGAGAAAACGGAGGCGGCUGAAACUGGCGACGCUGCUCAGAAGGAGAAGAAGGAUAAGGCUGAGGGCAAGCAGAAGAAAGAGAAGAAGGAUAAAAAGGAUAAGAAGGAAAAGAAAGACAAGAAGGACAAAGCCAACAAAGAGCCGAAGGAGAAGAAGGACAAAAAAGACAAGAAAGAAAAGAAGGAACGAAAGGAGAAGAGGAAGCUGCGAAAGGAGCAGAAGCUCAAGCAGCUGGCUGAUCAACGGAAGAAGGCUCACAAGAUCGGCUUGAAAGGCACGAAGAUGCUGGCAUCCAAGAAGCGGAAAGCGCCAGCACAAUCACAGCCAGAACUGAAGGUCCUUAUGAAGACUGAAGACGACUACGAGCCAGUGAACCGCUGGUGGGAAAGGGAGGAUGGCGCAGAAAGCGGCAAGCGCGGUGCGAAGAAGUGGGACACCUUUGAGCACCAUGGUCUGCUUUUUGCACCAGACUACGAACCCCACCGGGUCCCUUUGAUCUACGACGGGGAGCGCGUGGAGCUGCCCCCUGAAGCUGAAGAGAUCGCCUACUACUGGACGUCGGUCAGGGGGACGCCGUACGAGACCAAGGACAUUUUCAUCAAGAACUUCUGGAAGACAUUCAAAGAAGUCUUGCCGAAAGGCUCCAAGAUCAAGGACUUCAAGAAGUGCGACUUCUCGCUGAUGGCGGAUUACCGGGAAGCAGAAAGGCAAAAGCGGCUGAACCGAACCAAGGAAGAGAAGGAAGCGGAGAAGGCCAAGAAUGCGAAGGAGACUGAAUGGUUCAGCUAUGCCAUUGUCAACGGCGUGCGCGAGAAGUUGGGCAACUACAAGCUUGAGCCGCCGCAGCUCUUCCGCGGCCGCGGUGAGCAUCCGAAACAAGGCCUGCUGAAGAAGCGGACGUUCCCGGAGAGCGUCACGCUCAACAUCGGGGAGACGGCAUGUGUACCCAAGGUGGUCGGGAUGCCUGGCCACGCCUGGAGGGACGUCGUGCACGAGAAUACCGUCCAGUGGAUCGCCAAUUUUGAGGACGGCCUUCUGACCGAAGCAAAGUACGUCAGUUUCGCAGCUACUAGCGGCUUGAAGGGGCAGCCGGAUAUGCUGAAGUACGAUCGUGCCAAGCGCUUGGUGAGAAUCAUCGGCAGCAUCCGCACCUCCUAUGAGAAGAUGUGGACGAGCAGGAACGUUGCAGAUCGGCAGAAGGCCACGGCGACCUACUUCAUCGACAAGCUCGCACUGCGAGUUGGCGGUGAGAAGGAUACAGAGGAGGAGGCCGAUACUGUGGGCUGCUGCUCUCUGCGCGUAGAGCACCUGAAGCUUACGCCGCCGCACACCGUCCACCUCGACUUCCUGGGUAAGGAUUCCAUCCGUUACACGAACAGCGUCGAAGUGGCCAAGCAGGUCUUCGACAAUGUUCAAGGCUUCAUCAAGGGCAAGAAGCAAGAGGAUCAGGUCUUCGACAAGAUCUCGCCCGCAGAUCUGAACGAAUACUUUAAGAACUUCAUGGAAGAUCUCUCUGCGAAAGUCUUCCGUACCUACAACGCCUCGUACACGCUGCAGGAUGAGCUGAACAAGUUCGACGUGUCCAAGAGGUUGCACAAGCACAAGACGCACCUGGGCAAUUCUGAGACCAUGGACACCAAAGAAGCCAACAAGACCGUCUCCUUGGGGACCUCAAAGGUCAACUACAUGGAUCCCAGGCUCGGCCGACUCGGUGAGUACCGACAGGAGUUUGUCAUGACAGCAGGGGCCCGUCACAGGGCUAAUCAAGGCCCUCCUCUCCAGAUACGUUCUGAAGAAGUACUAGGUCUUUACCCGAGCCCUCUGAACUACAUGGGCUUCCCCAAGUCUGUCUGCGUCUCUGCCAACGAGGUGAUUUGCCACGGCAUUCCGGACAGCCGUCCACUGCAGGAGGGUGACAUAGUUAACCUCGAUGUAAGCGUCUGUCACGAGGGGUUCCACGCCGACCUCAAUGAGACGUACUUCAUCGGGCAAUGCGACGAGGAGUGCGACACUCGAACCUGUGAUGCUGCUCAGCAUCCGCAAUCAGUGUCCCAUCACCUGGUUCGCAGCACCUACGAUGCCCUGAAGGCAUCGGUGGCGUUGAUUCGACCCGGCACGUUGUAUCGACAGCUGGGUGGCGUCAUAGAAGCCGAGGCUGUGAAGAGAGGCUGUUCUGUCGUGACUGCCUUCUGUGGUCACGGAGUCGGUCGUCUGUUCCAUGGGCCUCCGGAUAUACCGCACUUCAAGAAGAACAAGACGGUCGGACUGAUGAAGCCCGGGCAUAUCUUCACCGUUGAGCCGAUGCUGAACUUGGGCAAGAGCCGUGAGAGGCUCUGGCCCGACGGAUGGACUGCCGCCACCCGCGACGGCCGCCGCUCAGCCCAGUUUGAGCACACCUUCCUCGUGACGGAGGAUGGUGUCGAGGUGUUGACGGCGCGCGUCGGCACCGACAGGAGCUCGAUGCCGGAUUAUGACCCGGCGGCAUUUCAGCGCUAG